CCUCUGCCAGAUCACGGAGUCUACACUGUCUUUGUCAAACUGGACAACACCAAGUUGGAGCUGCUCCAUCCAUUGGGCGAGAAGAGCCCCAUCCAAGGUUUCCUAGACAAGAAACCAGGAGGAGGGAUGCACCACAUCUGUCUAGAGGUAGAUGACAUCAAGAAGGCAAUUCAAAGUCUCCAGGGGAAGAUCAGAACCCUCACCCCUGAACACAUGAUAGGAGCCCAUGGGAAGCCGGUGGUGUUCCUACAUCCCAAAGACUGUGGUGGAGUUCUGGUGGAGUUAGAGGAAGCUAGUUCAGCACAGCAGCAUGCACUGCUCCCUCUCGACAUGUUUUGAGUUUCAGCGUUCAGCGUUCAACAUUAAAAUACAUAAAAUACAUACAAUGAUUUACAGAAGACAAGUUGGUAUAGCUUAAAGUUCUGCACGAUUAGAUAAUAGCGUCCUUCGAAUCUACAACAGCAAGGCAAAAACACAUUGUAGUUCAACAGCAAUUAGAGUAGGAGUCUUGUUCAUUUGGUGGGUGAGA